GACACAGAGGAAGCAAGAAGCCGGAGGGAGGGAGGGGGACGCAGGCUGAGAGCCGCCAGAGAGAGUCGACCACAUCCAGCCAGACGCAGCAGGAGGGCACGGGGUGGCCGCACCAUGUCCUUGAGCCCAAAGCACUCCACUCCCUUCUCAGUGACAGACAUUUUGAGCCCGAUGGAGGACAGCUACCGCAGGUUCGGAGUGAUGGACCCCGCAGCGGGGAGCCUCGGAUCCCCGCUGGGAGCCUACCGGCAGCCGCAGGUCUCCCAGCCCGGUAUGCAGCAUCAGCAGCAGGCGCAUCAUCAGCAGCAGCCGCCGCCUCACCUCCACCACCAUCACCAUCACCAUCACCACCACCACCUGUCUUCGUCCUCUUCUUCAUCCUCCUCCUCCUCUUCAUCAGGCUCGGCCAGCGCAGCAGCAGCCGCCGCUCUGGCACCCGGCGGGCCCUAUCAUGUGCCCCACGGGGUGCCGCAGUUCUCCGGAGCCGUCGGAGGGUUCUGCAACGGCGGCAUCGGGAACGUGGGAGACCUGCCGUCCUACCAGGACACGGUGAGGAGCGGAGGGGCGGCGGCGGCGGCGUGGUACAGCAACCCGGAGCCCAGAUACCCGACAAUUUCCAGAUUCAUGGGCCCCUCCGCGGGGAUGAACAUGCCCGGGAUGGUGGGCAGUCUGGCCGGGAUGGACUCCACCGCCAAGUCGAUGGUGACGCUGCACGCGGCACCGCGCAGGAAGCGGCGCGUGCUCUUCUCGCAGGCGCAGGUGUACGAGCUGGAGCGGCGCUUCAAACAGCAGAAGUACCUGUCUGCCCCGGAGAGGGAGCACCUGGCCGGACUCAUCCAUCUCACUCCGAACCAGGUGAAGAUCUGGUUCCAGAACCACCGGUACAAGCUGAAGCGACAGGCCAAGGACAAGGCCGCGCAGCAGCUUCAGCAGGAAGGCAGCGGUGGAGGCGGAGGCCUGUGCGCAGCGACCCGCAGGUCGUCUUCGUGUCCCCCGGUCCUUCCAAGAACUCUAAGAGCUGCCGGACCGACUCCAAGCGGGCAGCAGCAGCAGCAGGUGAACCAGCUGUCAUCCACCGAGGAGCUGGAGGAUUUGUCCCCCAGCCCGCCGCUGGGGCUGCACGGGCAGAUCAACAUGACGCAGACGGACGCGGCGCUGAUUGAAUACACCAACAGCAUGAUCGGCUCCAAUUUACUGUACGGCAGAACUUGGUAGGGCCUGUGAGAAGGGCCAUCAAUCCAGGAUGGAUUUUUCUUUCUUUAUUGAGAACCAGCUGAGGACAAAAAAACAAGCACCGACCUUUUUUCUUUCUCUGGUUCCUGUUGCGCACGCAGUGUCUCAAAAGUGGUUUUGAGCAACAAAAGGUGCAAAAAUAAACUGUAUAAUCGAGCCUCGAACUUGGACUGAGUGUUGAUGAUAAUGCAUUUUCCUCUCCCGCUUCUAAACGAAAUAUUUCUCCUUUUUUUGGUAUUUGACUGCUGCUGCUUGUGAAACUAAAACCAGAAAAACUUUAAUUUAAGGAGAUUCAGGAUGAGGCACAGCUCCCCGCGCCUCAGGGUUUUUUUUCCCCAUUUCCACCACAAACAAAAUUAUUGCAGGUUCAACAAAGUGAAGCAAUAGAAACCGGACUGAGAACUGAUUUCAUCGGAGGCAUCAGAGAUCUUUGUUAAAGGUGAUUUUGUUUC